UGGCUGUGGAGAGACGGCGCUAGUGGGGAGAGCGACCAAGAGGCCCCCUCCCCUCCCCGGGUCCCCUUCCCCUCCCCCCUCCCCCCAGCCUCCUUGCCAAGGCCCCCUUUCCCUCUCCCCCUCCCGCUCGGCGCUGAGCCCCCAUCCCCACCCCCGUGGGAACACUGGGAGCCUGCACUCCUCAGACCCUCUCCUUGCCUCUUCCCUCACCUCAGCCUCCGCUCCCCGCCGUCUUCCCGGCGCAGGGCGCCGGCCCACCCUUCCCUCCGCCGCCCCCCGGCCGCGGGGAGGACAUGGCCGCGCACAGGCCGGUGGAAUGGGUCCAGGCCGCGGUCAGCCGCUUCGACGAGCAGCCAGGCCCCUGAUCUGGACGUAGGAGACCUGCUGCCUUUGGGAGUUCAACCUUUGAAGCCCAACACAUACAUAUUUAGACAUCUAAUCUGUCUGUCCAUCCAUCCAUCCAUCCAUCCAAUCUGUGUAUCUCUGAGAUAUCUUCCAAUAAAAACAGGACAGCAGAACACACAUACCAAAGUCAGUACUGAGCACAACACGGAAUGUCUAAUCAAUAUUUCCAAAUACAAGUUUUCUUUGCUUAUAAGCGGCCUCACUACUGUUUUAAAGAAUGUUAACAAUAUGAGAAUAUUUGGAGAAGCUGCUGAAAAAAAUUUAUAUCUCUCUCAGUUGAUUAUAUUGGAUACACUGGAAAAAUGUCUUGCUGGGCAACCAAAGGACACAAUGAGAUUAGAUGAAACGAUGCUGGUCAAACAGUUGCUGCCAGAAACCUGCCAUUUUCUUCACACCUGUCGUGAAGGAAACCAGCAUGCAGCUGAACUUCGGAAUUCUGCCUCUGGGGUUUUAUUUUCUCUCAGCUGCAACAACUUCAAUGCAGUCUUUAGUUGCAUUUCUACCAGGUUACAGGAAUUAACUGUUUGUUCAGAAGACAAUGUUGAUGUUCAUGAUAUAGAAUUGUUACAGUAUAUCAAUGUGGAUUGUGCAAAAUUAAAACGACUCCUGAAGGAAUGUGCGGAAAAGCUAUUUGACUUGGUAGAUGGUUUUGCUGAAAGCACCAAACGUAAAGCAGCAGUUUGGCCACCACAAAUCAUUCUCCUUAUCUUGUGUCCAGAAAUAAUCCAGGAUAUAUCCAAAGAUGUGGUUGAUGAAAACAACAUGAAUAAGGUAAGGAGGGCAAAAUUAUUUCCAUUAUAUCUAGAUGUGAAGCAGUUUAUUUUACUCGAGGUGUGUAUUACUUUAGGCUUAUUAUUUAAGCAAAGUAUUUCAGGGAACCAUUUAAAUUAUCAUUUUAGGUUUCUUUGUUUGAUGGACUUAGAAGAGACAUACUCAUACAUAAUUUUAUUUGGCAGAGGGAAAAUAAUACCAGGCAAUGAUCAAAGAUUUAAAAUAAUCCCUUAGUUUCAUUCUUUUGUCUGAGAAGACUAAACAAUACCUCUGUUAUUAUUAAACAUAGUUUCUCUAAUAUUCACUGCAAGGAUUGCCCUACUUGAGCUCAUCACUUUUAUAGUGUGUUAUUUGCAUGUACUUAGGGUGUGUGUCCAUAUAGUGCUACUGAAAUUAUCUAGUAACUCAUUUUAAGUAUUUUAGAACAGUUUUCAAAGAAUUUUGCCAGGAAGGUAACGCUCUCGCAUAUACCAUCUAUAGUGAAAUUGGCACCAUGACAACUGGUAAUUCUAGGAGGCUCUUAAAAUUUUUUUAAAUAAUCACCUAGGCGAUUAAAAAAAAAAAGAACAGAGUAUUAAUCUUAGGGUUUUACUGAAAUUUCAAUAUGCAGUUUGUUUUGCAAAUUUUUUUUUUUUCAUUUUUUGCUGCUUUUGGAGAAAUACUCUUAGCUGGCUAAACAUGAGAUGGGUUCCUUCAUGGUUUGCCUGUAGAUGGAGAUGUUCAGAAUCAGCUGAAUGAUUUAUUACUUUGUAGAAGUAUUGGACAGGGAAUUUAUAUAUUAAAGGGUAAAUAAAUGAACCAGGUAAUCCUUGAGAGUCUGUGAUUGCGUGUUACUCCACUUAGGGGUGUAUCUCAACUUUUCCAUUAUGAGGACACCAUUUUUCAUGGUAGAUUGUUUUGGAGCCCUUCAAAAUAGUAGGUUUGAUGAUAAAUAAUGAGUGUCAACUUGAUUGGAUUGAAGGAUACAAAGUAUUGAUCCUGGGUGUAUCUGUGAGGGUGUUGCCAAAGGAGAUUAACAACUGGCUGGGAAAGGCAGACCCACCCUUAAUCUGGGUGAUGCACCAUCUAAUCAGCUGCCAGCAUGGCUGGAGUAUAAGCAGGCAGAAAAAUGUGAAAAGAGAGACGGGCCUAGCCUCCCAGCCUACAUCUUUCUCCUGUGUUGGAUGCUUCCUGCCCUCGAACAUCAGACUCCAAGUUCUUCAGUUUUGGGACUUGGACUGGCUCUUCUUGCCUCUCAGCCUGCAGACGGCCUAUUGUGGGACCUUGUGAUCAUGCUAGUUAAUAGUUAAUAUCCCCUUUAUAUAAAUAUUCUAUUACUUCUGUCCCUCUAGAGAACCCUAAUAGAGAUUUUGGUACAAGCGGUGUGGUUCUAGAGGAACAAAAUAUUAAGGAUGAAGUUUCUUAGUUUGUUUGGGGGUUUCUGGAGUUUGCUGCUUUAUAUGAUUAGACCCUAAAAUGCUAAGGACUCUACUUCUAAUAUUGUGGAGAACACUGAUAGUUGUUGGUGUGAACUGUUCAGAGAGUUUGCAAAAUAAAUGCAUUUGACACUCCUGAUUCACCACUAAUGAGAGGCAAGGAGUUUAGUGACCCUAUACAUAAUACCUUUGACCAUAUAUGGAGAACCAAGGAACAUAAUGAAGCUGGUUGGUUGCUCCUAAAUUCAGUGGACAAAGUGGUGAAAGAAAAUGUUGAACUCAGGGAUUCUGUCUUCCAGCUUCAGAAGCAGAUACUGAGCCUCAAAUCUGCUAAGAUUGACCUGAGUGAGACCCUUAUCUCCUGUAGAAAAA